AUGCCUACGGAGAAUCUUAAUGUUUUAUUUGAGGGUGCUCGCAAUUUUCGUGUCAGAUUAAUACUUUCUGUAUUGUCAGGAAGACCAAUUAAAAUAACGAAGAUAAGAUCUAAUGAUGUGAAUCCAGGGUUGAAAGAUUAUGAGGUUUCUUUUUUGAGACUCUUGGAAGCCGUGACUAAUGGGAGCCAUAUAGAAAUAUCAUACACAGGUACAGCAAUUAGCUUUAGACCUGGAAUUAUUAUCGGAGGGGAGCUUACACAUAAUUGUCCUUGUUCUAAACCAGUUGGCUACUUUAUCGAGCCAAUGUUAUAUUUAGCGCCGUUUUCAAAGAAAAAAUUUUCAAUUGUAUUUAAAGGGACUACGGCUUCAGAUCAAACAAAAGAUUCUGGUGUGGACUCUAUAAAAUGGGGUCUACUUCCAUUAAUGGAAAAGUUUGGGGUGAGAGAUGUGUCAUUGCAUAUUAACAAAAGAGGCUCUCCACCAUUAGGUGGUGGGGAAGUUCAUCUCCUUUGCAAUUCAUUGAUUCAACAGCCAAUUACAAUCCAUGCAAUUGACUCACCCAAAUUUUCUGCAAUUAGAGGAAUUGCUUAUUGCACGCGAGUUUCCCCUUCGGUGGUCAAUAGAAUGAUUGACACGGCUAGAAAUAUACUUAAACCAAUUGGAGCAGAAGUUAAUAUAACCGCUGACGUGUUACGAGGAGAUAACUCAGGUAAGUCACCUGGAUUCGGCUUAAUGUUAGCCGCAGAGCUGAAAACUGGUUGGAGAAUUUUAACUGAUGGUGUGGGAUCAGCUGGGUCACUACCAGAAGAUUUGAGCGAAAGAGUAACUUAUGAGCUAUUGGAAGAACUUAGAACUAGCGCAUCUGUGAGCCAGAGCCAACUUUUGCUAUGCUUAGUUUAUAUGUCGAUUGGAAAAGAAGAUGUUGGCCGAAUUAAAUUACAUAAACAUCAAAUAGAUGAAAAAAUGAUUUGGAUUUUGCGUGAUAUUGAAAGCAUUUUGGGUACUCAUGUAUAUUUUAAUGAGAGUGAAGACGAAGACAAUUCCAAAGAGCAUGAUUAUGUGAUAGCUUCAAUCAAAGGUAUUGGGUUCACAAGCGCAUCGAAAAAGUUGGUAUAA